AUGAACUCUGCAUCGCGAUGCGCAACGAAGCACUCCCAUUCCUUUGUAAGGUGCCAGCGCCAGAGUGAGGACCAGGUCUUCCAGACCUACGAGACGGCGGCGGAGGCGGCGCGCAGGGAGGAGCUCUUUGCCGACGAGACGCUGAAAGAAGCGCAGCAGUGGAAGGGACAGAUACAGGGCAUCGAAGAGAGGGCCGAUGAAGAGAUCAACGCCUACCAACUGCGGGCCCAGUCCGUGGAAGUUCAAUUGGAAAAGGAUGCCCAAGCCCAGGUAAAUCUGUCAAAGUUGCGCCUUGCGCAAACAGCACACGAGGAGGAGAAGGUCUACAUCUCCGAGACGGCUGCGGCCUGGGCACGGCUUCGGAAGGCCUGCUACCAUCUUCGCCUUGCGAAUCUCCACGCUGCUGGGAUGCAGUCGAAAUCAUGGACUGAGUGA